AUGGCUGUGGCUGUGGGCGACUGGCCGGCGACCAUCCUUCAUCCUUCGUCGGGCUUCCACGACGAUGACCAGGUCGGGGGCCACGUCUACAGCCGGGCAGAGACAGACACGUUUGAAUGCACCUCUCUCUACCCGCUAGCGAGCCUGGAGGCGAGCCUGGCCGAGCCGGCGGCUGUGCUGGCGGGUGGCGGCGUGGUCGGCUUCCCCACCGAGACGGUGUACGGGCUCGGGGCGAACGCGCUGAGCGCCGAUGCUGUGGCCGGCAUCUUUGCUGCCAAGCGUCGGCCGGCAGACAACCCGCUGAUUGUGCAUGUGUCCGGGCGCGAGAUGCUGGCGCCACUGGUGGAUCUGGACGGCGUGGGAGCGAGCCAGCGGGCGGUGAUCGACGGCCUGAUGACGGCGUUCUGGCCUGGCCCGCUCACACUGCUACUGCCCAAGUCCGCGGCGGUGCCGGACGAGGUGACUGCUGGCCAUCCGACAGUUGGCGUGCGGAUGCCGUCGCACUCUGUGGCGCGCGCGCUGAUUGCCGCCGCGGGUGUGCCUCUUGCUGCGCCGUCGGCCAACCUCUCGGGACGCCCAUCGCCGACGACCGCCGGCCACGUGCUGACCGACCUUGGCGGUCGUAUCCCAUGGGUUGUCGACGGCGGCUCGUGCGAUUUUGGCCUUGAGUCGACUGUGGUCGAUCCGCUCCGCGAGCCGCCGAUGGUCCUGCGGCCUGGCGCGGUGACGCUCGAGCAGCUGCGGAGUGUGGCGCCAGACAUGGUCGUCCAUUCGGGCGAGGUUGAGGAGGCGCCGGCGACGCCGGGCCUCAAGUACACCCACUACUCGCCAUCGGCGCCGGUGGUGGUCUUUGACGGCGGCUCGCCGGAGGCGAUGUCGCGCUCGCUCGCGUCGUGGUGUGCCGAGACCAGCGCGGCGGCCGAGGCCGGCGCGCCCACUCCGCGCAUCGGACUCGUUGCCACCCGCCCGGACGUUGUUGUCCCGCCAACCACCGCACGGGUCAUACAGCUCUUUGACACCGAUGACCGCGCCGGCGCUGCUGCCGCCCACGGCCUCUUUGCUGCCCUCCGUGAGCUCGACGAGGACGGCUGUACCCACAUCAUCAUCGAGGGCGUCUCGCGCGCCCACUUUGGUCUCGCAGUCAUGAACCGGGCGCUCAAGGCCGCAUCGCGGACCGUUGUCUGCCACGAGGCUGGAGCCUCGAGCUGAUCCGGGCCGCAUCCGACCGCAAUGAACGCCAGCCAAUUGGA